AUGCAGGCAAUAACAAGUUUCCGAGAUUAUUUGACACUUUGGAGGACUCAAAAUAAAAGUAACGAUUAUCGCUUCAUGUCUGCUAGCACUUAUGACGGUUUUCAAGAAACGUUACAAUCUACGAUUGAAGUUAUGGAUUUUUUGACAAAGGAAUGCCAAUAUUCUUUUCUUAUGACAACGGGAUUAAAUCAAGAUGCGUUAGAGAGCGAUUUAAAGAAAAAAGGUGGUCAUAUAAAACGUGGAGAAGAUUCUUUCAGGAAAAUUGAUACUUUUUUAACAAAAAAACCAAAAUUAGACACUGUCGAAUGUGAAGAACCCAAUUCCCUAACACCAAAAACUGAUGUCCCGAAAACUUCUGUUCCUGCUGCUGCAACAGAAUUGUCAACGAGUUUUUCCGGUGAUGAUGAUUCCAAAAACCCGCCAGCUCAAUCUGAUAUGGCAUCAGAUAUUGGUUGUUAUAUAGGAAAACAGAUAAAUGAAGAAACCAAAGCCAUGUUACUUCAGAAUCAUUGGAUGCCACCUUCAAAAUACGUGUUUCCUUAUAAUAUUGUGACCAAAAAUGGAAAGGAAACAAAAAAAUACGCUCAAAGGUCACAUCUGGAAAAAUUUCAUUGGCUCGUUUUGUCGCACAAAGACCGUGGUCUGUAUUGUAAAUAUUGUGCCCUUUUUGUUGUGUCUGAAGGAGGAGGUUUUCAAAAUAAAAUGACACUUAAAAGAUUGGUCAAAGAACCAUUAACAGUUUUUGACAAUUUGCUGGGGGAAAAGGGAGCCCUUUUAAAGCAUGAAAAAAAUGAAUAUCACCAAAUGGCCGUUGAAUGUGGAAAAAAAUUUUUAAAAAGUUUUUAUAAUUCUAAUGCUGACGUUGCUAACCAGGUUUGUACUCAACGCAUGGCUGAAGUAAAAGAAAAUAGAAGACGCUUACAACCGAUUGUCAGUACAAUUAUCUUUUGUGGACGUCAAAAUAUUUCUUUACGUGGGCAUAGAGACGAUGGAAUGCUUUUAAGCACAAUCAAAAAUGAGCAAGUUUUUAAAGACAGUUUGGUAUCGAAUGAAAAUGGAAACUUUAGAGCUCUUUUAAAAUUUCGCAUAGAAGCUGGUGACAAAAUAUUGCAACAUCAUUUCGAAACUGCCAAAAACAAUGCAACGUACAUCAGUAAAACAGUUCAAAAUGAACUUAUCGACAUAUGCAAGGAAAUAAUACAGGAAAAAAUUUUAAAUAAUUUAAAAGAAGCUAAAUUCUUUUCCAUUAUCUUCGAUGAAACAACAGACAUAUCACACAUUGAGCAACUAAGUCUUUCAUUCAGAUAUUUUCAUAAUGGCAGUAUCAAAGAGGAAUUUAUCACUUUUUGCAAUGCGUACGAGAUGCUUCGUUACGAAAAGGGAGAUGUCGUGAUAACAGAUAGUGAACAAGAGCGUCGAUUGACUGGCGAAGCUUUAGCCACAAUUGUAACAGACCUAUGCUACAAAUUUAAUAUAGAUUUAAAUUGGUGUGUAGGAAUUUGUACUGACAGUUGUGCGGUCAUGGCAUCUGAAAUAAAAGGAGCAGUUCACGAAUUGCGAAAAAAAGCUAAACAUGCUAAACGUUCGCCAUGUAAUAAUCACGUUUUAAACAAUUCUUUGGGUAAUUCCGUAAAAGUCGUCUCGUGCCGUAAUACUUCUGCUACGAUGAGAAAAGUUGUUGCUUUUGCAAAUGCUUCGGCUAAACGUCAUGAAGUAUUUGUUGAGGAAGUAGGCAAUGCAAUGAAGGGUAUUUGCGAAACUCGUUGGGUUGAAAGACAUGAUGGGCACUUACAAUUUCAAGGCGACAAUUUAGUAAAAAUUUGUAACGCCCUGCAACGAAUUACAGUGUGGAAUGACAGAAAAACUUCUAGUGAUGCUCAUUGUCUACUGCAAGCUCUACGAAGUUGUGAUUUCAUUAUAUCAUCUGUCAGUUUAAAUGAUAUUUUAGGGACAACUGUAUCACUCAGUCGUUUACUGCAGACAGCUUCAGUAGAUUUGAAAACUGCUAUGGAUGCAAUAACAGAUACAAUAAGUAUACUACAGCAAAAAAGAGAAAAUGCUGCAGUCGUUUUCCAACAAUUGUUUUCUGAAGCUAAAGAAAUUGCUGAACAGUUGGACGUAGAGCUGAGAUCUCCUCGCAUAACUGCAAGACAAAUACAUCGGCCUAAUAAUCUACCAGCACAAUCUGCUGAAGAAUAUUACCGCAGGUCUAUAUACGUACCCCUUUUGGACCACAUCAUAAAUGACCUACAAGAAAGACUUUCUCCUGAAGUGCUAGAUCUAUUUAACUUAAAUGUAUUUUUGCCAAAAUCAACCUAUAAUGAGAAUGAUAUAGAUAUUGUACGUAAGGUCACUAGGUUUUAUAAUGAGCUUUUAGAUCGAGUUCAUGAAUCUACCGUAGUUCAGGAAUAUAAACUUUGGGUAACUAAGUGGCAAAGAGAAUUGGAAAAUGGAAGUAAAAUUCCUCAAACGGUACCCCAAAUAAUUGACGUUUGUGACAGUGAUCUCUACCCGAAUGUCAAAACUUUUUUGCACAUCCUUGCAAGUAUACCAGUGAGUGGGGCGACAGCAGAAAGAAAGUGA